AUGAAGCAGAAGGAAGGACUUCCAGACACCACAGAGUUUACCCCGAAAUUUGAAUUUAACCCGAAAGAUGGGAUCGACAACCCGGCCCUGUCACUGGCGGAGGACUCGGAGCCGGAGGGAGCUUUGCAGCUGCGCUUCUGCUUUCUGAAGAAAGAAGAGGGUGAGAGCUUUGGCUUCUGGCUGCGUCAAGAGGCGGGCAACGGCGGGCAUCUCAUACGGCAAGUGAAACCAGGGAGCCUGGCCCACCGCAAAGGGCUGAGGGAAGGCGACCGGAUUCUCGAGGUGAACAGUGUGUAUGUGGAUGACAUGGAACAUUUUAAGGUGGUAUGGAAGAUCCGGAGCAGCGGCAUGCAGAUCUUGCUGACCGUUCUGGAUGGGAAUGCCUACAGCCUGGCCAAAGCCCUUGACUGGAACCUGGCUCAGCUCUUGCCCUCUUACAACAGGCCACGGCUGUGCUGUGUGGCCAAGGACCAAAAUGGUUUCGGCUUCAAUGUUUCCUCUCCAGAAGGUGUAAAAGGCAUCUUCCGAGUAUCUGUGGUGAGAAACGGGCCAGCCGAUAAGGCAGGAGUGCCGGAUGGUUCUUGGCUUCUGGAGCUCAACGGAAUGAGCGUGGAGAACUGGACUUAUGCCAGGCUGAACAAAAAGCUCAAACAAAGCAGCAGCCCCAUGGGGCUCCUGGUGAUAGACGCAGAGUCCGAGGAGUUCUACCGACAACAUAACAUCAAAAUCACAGGCGCCCUGGCUGACAGCUCAUGGCUUCCCUUUGAAGUGCGGAAGCUGCAGAUGACCAGAGGGCCAAACGGCUACGGGUUCCUGCUGAAAGAAGAAACUUAUGGCUCAGGAAAGAGGGGCCAGUUUCUGAGGGAGGUGGAUGCCGGCCUGCCGGCUGAGAAGGCAGGGAUGAGCGAUGGCGAUCGCCUCCUGGGAGUGAAUGGAGAGAGUGUCGAAAAUGUCGAUCACCAUGGAACGGUGUCUAAGAUCCGUGCCGACAGCAAGCAGGUGACGCUGCUGGUCAUCGAUGCAGAAGGAAGCAAGUUCUUUGACUUGGUUGGACUAUCGCCUCUUGUUUUCUACGAUAACCAAGAUGCUCUGUCAGGAUCGCAUGCCACCCAUGGCUCCUCUUCUCCCAGCAUGCUUCAGGAAAACCGCACUUCCGGUUUCGCUCCUUGUCAUCUCGCUAUGAACCUCCAUUGUAAUGCGCGACCACCCAGAGAUGAUUCACAGGACUCCUCCAAAGAGGAGCAGGAUGGACUGAGCCAGCCCUUCUAG